AUGGCUCGAAUCUAGACAUCUUGUUUGUGGCCUUCAUCAACGACAAGUCCGACCUUUGCAAGUUGGGUGUCCGACAAGCACCAUUACGGUCCAGGAGCCCGGAAGAACUGAGAAUUGGGAGUGUGGGGGGCCGAGAGACACCGAGGACCGCAACACAAACCGGUAGCAACGAACACGCAUCUCAAAGGAACAACACGAUAGUUUUCCUGCGCCGCUAUUUCCCUCUUCCAAACUUCAAGCUGGACGAGCCAUAAAGACCAUCGAAACCGUCACCCUCAGUUUCGAAGGAUCCACUGAUUCGGUCACCUUAUCGGCUCGUCUGGACGCUCGAGAUGCUCAAUUCAAAACCUUGAGCAAAAAAACACCAGACAGCUGCGCCGCCCAGCCCAUCCAAAGCCAACGGCUUAAUGCCGCGGGAUGCCCCCCUGCGGCACCCGCCGCCCGCCUAUGUCUUCGACCAACCAACCAACCCUGUCAUCGAGUCCUGGCUAGACACCCUUCCUCCCUUAACCAAGGAGCCCUGUCGCCGGGACAUCAAACAAUGGCGCCGCGCGCGAGGCGUUGGAUUAUCAGUCCAUAGGACCUGGUUCAUCUUCUCCAUUAUCAUUCGAGCCAUCUCGACGGUUGUUGCCAUCAUCACGUGGAGUCUGAACGUGACGGUGUUUGUCGAAAGUCGGCCGUACUGGGGUGGAGUGCCGGGGAGGAUGAUUGCUGUGCUUGUGGUGGCACCCGUUAUCAUCACUUGGAACACCGCAGAGUUCAUUGCAAUUUGUAUUCGCAAAUCGAGCGGGAUACCAGCCGUGUAUCAUGUCGGGGCUGAUGGGAUCUUGUUUGUGGGCGUCGCGAUAACCACGGGAAUUGUACUGGUCGAUUUGAUCAUUGGAACCGCGUCAUUUGGGCCGGCGUAUGAUGAGCCGUUGGCAAAGGGCAUUGUGGAGGUUGCGAUGCUGCUUUUACUAAUGCUCCUCCACUCCUUCCUCUUCUUCAACUACUUUUGCCACAAGCUGGAUCGACGCGACCCUAGACCACGCGUAAAGAGGACGGGCCUACCGUUGGGAGAACCAGAAGCUGCGACACUUGAGGAGGGACAGCCUACAACACAAUUGGAACCGCCGUUUCGCUACAAGCCUUACGAAUAUUACGCCAAGCAGGAAAUGGAGAUCGCGAGUGUCGGACAAAGGCCGGACGAAGGAUUUGUGAUCGACAAGGGUACAGAAGACAUGGAACCGACUGCCGCGGGGAGUGCGACACUAGCAGCGGGACAGUCAGAGGGCCAGAUAUGGUACAAGAUACCGGUACUACGAUCGAUAUUUUCUCGGCAAAGGCCCGAAACAUUGGAUUGAGGCGAGAUAUUAGCUACAUAUCUAGGGAUGAGGAGG